AUAGUUUGUAUCACACUUUUAAAAAAGUCCUCAGGUGAACAUGGCAGGUGUUCGUGCAGUCGGUGUUCUUUCCAAGUUUGUAACUCGAAAGUACCCCUUAUUCUCAGGUCAUGCCAGCCGCUGCCUCUCAAUGUCUUCAUCAUUGGCAGCUCGAACACACGUCAGCUAUGAGCUCAAGGAUGAUGUGGCAGUCGUACGACUCAAUGAUCCAACAGCCAAGGUGAACACACUGUCGGUGCAGAUGCAGUCUGAUCUGGAAGAGGUGAUGGGGGAGAUCUGGUCAAACAAAGCUGUGAAAAGCGCUGUUUUCAUCUCCAGCAAACCUGGCUGUUUUAUCGCCGGAGCAGAUAUCACUAUGAUCCAGUCCUGCCAAAGCAGCGAGGAGGCCACCCGUCUCUCUCAGGAAGGUCAGAAGAUGCUGGAGAAGAUCGAGAAGUCACCCAUCCCUAUCGUUGCUGCCAUUCAUGGCUCCUGCCUGGGUGGAGGCCUUGAGGUCGCAAUAGCCUGCCAUUACAGAAUCGCCACAAGAAGUAAGAAAACAGUCCUGGGGACACCAGAGGUCAUGCUGGGACUGCUGCCUGGAGCAGGCGGCACUCAGAGAUUGCCUCAAAUGGUGGGACUCCCUGAUGCGUUUGACAUGAUGCUGACAGGUAGGACGAUCAGGGCGGAUAAAGCCAAGAAGAUGGGGCUAUUGCACCAGCUUGUGGACCCUCUAGGUCCCGGUGUGAAGCCUGCAGAGGUGAGGACAAUUGAAUACCUGGAGGAGAUUGCAGUGGGCGUGGCUAAGGGAAUUGUCAACAAGAAGGUUCACCUUACUGAGGAGAAGAGCUUCAAGGAGAAGAUGCAGGACAAAUUAAUGAACCUUGGUCCAGUAAAGAAGAAAAUCUUCAAGACCGUCAAUGAGAAGUCUCAGAAUCAGACAAAAGGCCUCUACCCAGCUCCAGCCAAAAUCAUUGAGUGUGUCAAGACUGGACUUCUGAAGGGCAGAGAGGCAGGUUAUCUGGCUGAAUCUGAGAACUUUGGUAAGCUGGCGGUGUCCGAGGAAUCCAAGUCUCUGAUUGGCCUUUAUCGGAGUCAGAUGGUUUGUAAGAAGAACCACUUUGGGGUCCCAGAGAGAGAAGUGAAGAAGCUGGCAAUCUUGGGUGCGGGGCUGAUGGGCACCGGUGUAGCACAGGUAUCGGUGGAUAAAGGCCUGACCACCAUCCUAAAAGACAACAACGUUGAGAGCAUCAGCAGGGGGCAUGAACAGAUCUACAAAAGCCUGGAUUCAAAGGUACAGAAGAAAUUCAUCACCUCAUUUGAGAGGGAUGCCAUAAUGUCCAAUCUCUCGAUCCAGCUCGACUACUCUGGCUUCCAGAAUGCUGAUAUGGUUGUAGAGGCUGUGUUCGAGGACAUUGAUAUGAAACGCCGAGUCCUUAAAGAAGUGGAGGAUGUAAUUCCUCCUCACUGCAUUUUUGCUACCAACACCUCUUCUCUGCCAAUCAAAGAAAUCGCUGCUGCCAGCAAACGCCCUGACAAGGUGAUUGGCAUGCACUAUUUCUCUCCGGUGAAUAAGAUGCAGUUGCUGGAGAUUGUAUACUCUGAUGAGACAUCUGAAGACACAAUAGCCGCUGCUUGCAGUGUGGGCUUAAAACAGGGCAAGACAAUCAUCAUUGUUAAGGAUUGUCAAGGAUUCUUCACAACUCGCUGCAUUCAUCAUAUUUUGUUGGAAUCUAUAACCCUUUUACUGGAAGGUACCGGGUUAGAGAAAAUGAACAACUUAGUUGUAAGCUUUGGUUUUCCUUUGGGCUUUUCGAUUGUUGGAGAAGAAGUUGGUUAUGACGUGAUUUUAAACGCAUCAAAGGAUAUGCUCAAAGUCUAUGGUUCUCGUUACGGAGGACAAGAUUUGUCUCUUUUAGAGACUUUGGUGGAGAGGGACUUCAAAGGUCGUAAGUCAGGAAAAGGCUUGUAUCUCUGGGAAAAAGGAAAUAACUACAAAAAGGUGAACCCUGAAGCUGUUGAAAUUCUCAAGACUUUGGCCAAGCCUGCUCAUCCUUCAGUUUCUUCAGACUGGGACAUUCAGCACCGGUUAGUGAGUCGUUAUGUGAAUGAGGCCCUUCUGUGUCUCCAGGAGGGAGUGCUGAGAAAUCCAGUAGAGGGAGACAUUGGAUCUGUGUUUUCAGUUGGCUUCCCCCCCUGCUAUGGUGGUCCGUUCAGGUUCGUGGACAUGUUUGGUGCAGAGCGUCUUGUGAGCACUAUGAGGCGAUAUGAAGAAGUUUAUGGAGACUCAUUCACACCUUGUCAGCUUCUACUGGACCAUGCCAAAGACCCCAGCAAGAAAUUUUACAAAUAGUCCAACAGGAGGACUUUAAAAUGAAAUUUGAAAAUAUAGAUUAAAGCAAAUUUCCCCUGUUAUAGAAGGCUUAAAAAUAGUAAAGAAGCAUAAACUUU